CUCACCAAAGUUAUCGCACUUGCGCUAAACUUGCGUGAGGGAUCACCGCGCAUUACCACGAUGGGAGUGUUCAUUUUAACAGACCGCGUAGAAUGCGUGUUCUCUUUCCAAUAUCUAAAAACAAGUAUACGAACGUUAACUUCCGCGCUGUCUGCUCUAGUCUCUCGCAACGAGUUUGCUGGGUGUGACGACGAUUCUCUCGGUACUUUGUUGUCCGACCUGGCCGCUUACGUUGGAGCGCAGUACAAGGACUACUACAAGACUCGUCCGGUUUGUCCGCUGCACCUGGCCAUCUUCAGCACACGCUGUGACCGCCUACUGGAGCGCUUCCAGGCCCUGCGCUUAGAAGCUGCAACGCGAGUCGUCCUGUACCAGCUGGAGCCGCCAGCGGGGGGGCUGCCGCAGGACGACGAGCGGUGUGUCGUCUCACCCGCCACGUGGUGGCUCAGCGUGCGGCGGCUGCCGGCCGAGGCGGUGGCGCUCGACGCCGCCCUCAAGAGUCUGCUGCUGACGGCGCCGGGCAGCCCGGCCACAGUGCUGCUCUGUCUCGCCCAAGACGACGCAAGGGAGGACGGUGACAUUCAGUGCCACGUGCGUGAAGUGCUGCUGCCUUUUGCGGACACAAGUGAUGUGGGAUCGUCGUCGCGUUGUCCGCGGCGGCUGCGUGCCGUGCGGCUGCUGCGCCGCGACGCGCCCUGCGAGAGCCUGGUGCACGGCGAGCCGCUGGCGCUGCUGCCGCAGCCUGGUGCCGAGGCCGCCUUGACCGCGCUCUGCCGGCAGCUGAAGGCGCGCUGCUCGCUGCUCGUGCUCCGAGACGACGACCGCCGGCGACUGUUGGUGGCCCUGCCCGCCGCGAGUGGCCACUCGCUUCUUGUGCGCCGCCUGGCACCACCGGAACUGCUGCUACCUCCGCCGCCGCCGCCGCCGGCCGAAGCCUGCAGUCCGGACUUGGAGCGUCGCAUGGGCGGCCUGCUGUCGCGCCUCGAGCAGGGCGGCUUCUCGGUCGUCGAGCCCACGCCGGGUUUCUACGAGGCGCUCGUGGAGCAGCUGCGCGCCUCGCUUGCAUUCAGCGCAUCGGUCCCAAGGUCCAGGGCUCAGCCGUCGAAGGCCACCAAAAAUAGCCGCCAACCCCCGAGGGACGCUCCGUGAGCCUUUCGUGCACGACACUGCGUUUUGUUUUUCGCGGUGGCAGGUGCCAUCGGGACGCGCUUCCGGACAGAGCUACGAGAGGCAAGCGGACAACGUCGUGGCGCGUCGCCUCUGUGCAGAGACAAUGAAGCAGCUCUCCAAUUGCUUUAUGACCGUGAACGCGGGAUCGCGCGUCACAACGAUGCAGUCGCCUUGGCGAGCGGACGGCCCACUCUCGUAUAGGUUGUGCGCACUUCAUAAUCGCCGCCUGUCUACUACCGUUAGAUGCCGCGCGACAUCUGGAAACGAUGGCGGUACAUGCAAUCUAGUGCGCAUGCGCAGUGACUUGCGGUCUGCCUGUAGAAUGCAGCAGACGAUGCGUGAGCCCCAUCCUUGCGUUGAUCCUUCAAACCACGAGACUGCGCUGCUGCCUCGCCAGAGGGCUCUGCUUGUACCGAGUGACACGCGCUUCCGUGUUCAUGGUCAUAAAGUUCUUCACUGUGCUCCCGCAGGGACUGGCAGUUCUAGAAUGGCGGGAUCUUCGCUCUCCAACCCGCCUCUCGUCCGCAAUGCGACGGUCAUGAUGGGACUGACGGAGAACGCAAACUUUCCUUCUUGUACGGAACUUUCCGAGUUGGCCUUGUUAGCGUCGUAGUGCUUGUAUACAUAAGCUACUUAUUUAGCCUUGAGAAUGUCUUCACUUCGUCAUGGAAUAUUCAGGGCAAUAAAUAAAUAAAUGACAAAUGCUCACUGCGUUUGU